AUCGUCAGUGAGCGUUUGUUCUUAGCGAUGACAGCCGCUGCCGCGCUCUGGCUGCUCGGCGUGGUCUGCGGGCUAGCCGCCCUUUCGACGGUCGGUGCCGCGGCCGCCCCCGGCUCCAGGCCCACCCCUGCCCCCACCCAAGCCCCUGCUAUUACCGCCCCUGAAGCGCUUGCGCUCAGCACCGGGGGAGCGGCUCCACUUGAUGAUUCCAGCAGUGGCUAUCUGAGUCCUCGGAACAACAGUGCUGAUCGGCAGUUGUCGACGUCCGAACAGCGCAGCCACAGCCCUGACAAGGACGCCCUGGCAGCAGCCACCCCUAUCGGAGGCAAUGCCGCGCCCGCCGAAGGCGUCGCCAUGGACAAGGCCGAGGAUGCCCCCCAGUGCGAGGACAACUCGGAAGACGCGCUCUUCCCGGGCAGCCUCUUCGACCAGACGCAGCUUCGGCAAGGCGCUGUCAUAAUUUACUUCAUUUUUGCGUUCUACGGCUUCUGCGUGAUUGCCAUGGUGUGCGAGAAUUACUUCCUGCCCACCGUCGAGAUCAUCUGCGAAGAGCUGGGCCUGUCACCGGACAUCGCGGCCGCCACCUUCAUGUCGCUGGCGUCUUCCGCCCCCGAGCUGUUCGUCAACGUGGUGACCACCUUCCUGACCAAGAGCACCAUGGGCGUGGGGACCACAGUGGGAAGCGCUACCUUCAACGUGCUGGGCCUCGCCUCCUUCAUCGGGCUGGCCUCGCGGGCGCCCAUCGAGAUCCGGGCCGGCCCCGUGGUGCGGGACUCGCUGCUGUACGUGUCCGCCAUCGCCAUCACGACGUGCGUGGUCAUCGACGGCGUGGUGCAGUGGUACGAGGCUCUGGCCAUGGUGAUGUGCUCGCUCGCCUACAUGCUCUUCAUGUUCUCGCACCACUGGCUGGCGCGCUGGGCGCGCUCGCUCAUCUCGCGCUCAGACUCCACCGUCGUGCUGACCACGAGCAAGGCUGGCGCUGGGGUGCGCGACGAGGAGAUUGCUUCGGUGGGCUCGGACUCGACAGCGGACGUGGCCGUCGUGAUAAAGUCGGCACCCGGGGACGCGGCGUUCGCGCCGACCCUGUCCGAGACGAAAGGGGACCCUGCGCUCGCGCCCCAGCUCAGCAUCACCGACGAAGGGUCGCAGGGGUGCCUCGCCUGCCUGCGGCGCGCCUCUGAGCGCGUAUGGUGCGUGGUGUCCUGGCCUGUGGGCAUCGCACUCGCCCUCACCAUCAUCGACAGCAAGAACCCCAAACUACGGCGCUUCUACAUCCUAACCUUUAUCCUGUGCGUCGUCUGGAUCGCCCUGGCCGCCUACAUUGUGUCAUGGAUGCUGGCCGUCAUUGGAAACACGCUCGGAAUCUCUGACGCAGUCAUGGGCAUCACGCUGCUGGCUGCCGGAGGCAGCACCCCCGAGGCGGUGAGCGCCAUCAUCAUGUCGAGGAAAGGUGUCGGGUCGGUGGGCAUCGCCAACGGGCUGGGCGCCAACACGCUCAACAUGCUGAUGAACCUGGGCGCGCCCUGGCUGGUGCGCUCACUGCUCUAUCCGGACUCGCCCUGGACUGUGCUCUCCCGCGGCCUCACCUUCGACCUGGCGGCCCUGGUGAGCGCCGUCGUGGUCCUCAACGUCAUCCUCCUGACGUCGCGCUACCGCCUCGGCCGUGCUCAGGGCAUUUGCACCUUUGGAAUCUACCUCCUCUUCAUCGUCAUGCUCUGCCUCAUCGAGCUCAACGUCUUCGGCUGGCUCCCCGUGUUAAACUGCAGCAGCUCGUGAACCUCAUAGGCGUAGGCUGGACUUGCAAAGAAUGCGUUAGUGUUGGUAUUUUUGUUAGCUUUUCUGUUCUAUGCCAGUGAGGUGUCAUUUUUCUGACAGUUUUGAAUUUGAAGAGUAGAAGAAUUUAACAUAAUGGCUAUCGUGCGUGUGCGUAAACUGUCGUCGUAACAUCGAAAAGCUAUGCUAAUGAUAGCAUUUCUAUUUAUUUAUUAUUUUUUAAAAAAGCGGCUAGCCUUUUAUGACUCAAUAGCCCGCUCUUAGCACCUCAUGUUUAAGUCAAUGUCUGUGAUAUGCCCUGCAAUGUGCAAUGUAAAAAUAGCACCCUAGGGUAUUGGUAAUUAGUUUUCUAUUAAUUCGUCGCGUAUAUGUUUUGUCUGUCACAUCCAUCCCCAUACCCGUGUCAGAGACACACGUCUCAUUACCCGCUUAACAUGGGUUGGUAGUUAUUGUUUUCAUUCAUAGAGAACGUUUUAGAAUAAUUUUUUUGAAGCGCACUUCUACUGUGGACCUGGAUGCUCAAAACUCAUUUUAUAAUUGUGAAGCCCGCCCGUGGCAACUGUGAGAUGGCGGGUCCACUCAAGACUUGCAAGGGCCUAUCUUUCGCACAGUCGAAGCCACACCCGGCCUCGCCACCAGACACGGGACACAGGCUAGUCACGGUGGUAAGGGCCAUUGCACUUGGCUGGACACGUGCAUUGUGUUGUAAUGUAGUCGGAGAUGGGUGCGCGGGCGAAGGAAUGACGACCGCAAUGCCCACGUGGCCAGGCAUUUACAGUAUGUAGAGAGAAUCAUAUCUUAUAAACUCCUGGCUUUCAGUUCUCUGAUAUGGCUAAUUUUAAACUUACAUUGUGUAAAAUGCGCGCCUGUGGUGAGUGUGUGAGUGUGUGUGAGCGCGCCCGAGUGUGUGAGUGUUACAGUGUGGAGUAUGUAUAUUAUGGUGUGUGAAAAGUAAAAUUAUUUUCCAUAGUGUGUUGUACCGGGUGUUUCAGAGCAAACCCCAGUGUUGCGGAUUUGCCGAGGGAUUUGCCCACUCCCUUCGCCGCCGUUAGGCACCGUAGUCCUGCGGCUCUAGCGUGUAUGGAAUGCGGCAACAUUCUAGAGUCUGCUCUGGCACACUCGGCACCCGUUUUUGAAUUGAAGCAGUAAUGGAUGAACUGAAGGCCUGCUGUAAGUAAAGCUGUGUUUAGUUUGGAACCAAAGUACGAGGUCGUCCUGAACCUGCCUCUUUCAUGCUAAGAACAGAACGCAGAGUACAGUGUCGUGCAAGUACACAAAAAAAUGCUAUGGUAGAACCUUUUCUAGACUUGGUACCCCAAUAAUUAGAGCACGGCUUCUCCGCGUGCUCGGCAAUCCGUUACAAAUUUUAGAAAUUGCACGGAAUCACGGGAAAGAAAAUCAGCAGCAAUUACUCUUAUUAUUUUUACCGUGUAUAAUUAGUCCUUUCAUUACUGAUUCGGAGGCCCACGUGGCGGCAACUAUGCUACAGGAUUAAAAAUACGUUAAUCUGCCGGAAACAUGUAAGGCGUCUGUGUACAUACUUUUUUAAACAAAAUGCUUCAUCGGAACUAUUUCA